GCACGAUGUGCGAGCAAGAACAGCUACUCUCGGGCUGCCCUGGAAAAUCGAACAGGGGCGGCAAAUCGAAGAGGCCGAGCCUGUCUGCCUUUAGAUUACUUUAGAUCUGGUGCGAGCGCGGUUGGCCGUCGACAUGGAGAAAAAAGAAGCGGGGCUUGGAGAGCACUCCAGCCUGCUUUCGGGGGAGGAGGAGGAGAGGUCAACCACUGGGCCCGCUUGCACUUGCAGCCAGCCACCGUCCUCCGAGGCCAGUCGGGCACCUUCCCAGCUCCAGCGAGCAAGCGCACAUGAGGAGGAGCUUUCUGCCUCUGGUUGGAACAAAAUGCUCAAGACAGUAUUCGACAGCAUCCUUAAGACGAGUCCACAUGCUUUCAAUGUCACUAUUGGUUUCAUUUUCAAGUGCAGCUCCAAGGAGGAAGAGGAGGACAAAGCUGAGCAGCCGGGCGAUCUCUUGAGCCACCUGAGCCAGUUCCUGUACCAGAAGCUGGGCUUGGGAAAUGAUGAGGAGCCUGUGCACAUCCUGGACGAAGCCAGUGUAGACGGCAUUGUGCGAUACAUCCAGAGUGGCAAAUGCAAAAACAUCAUUGCUAUGAUUGGAGCGGGCAUAUCCACAGCUGCGGGCAUCCCAGACUUCCGCAGCCCAAGCAGCGGCAUCUACUCCAAGUUGGGGAAGUUCAACCUUCCCUCGCCUGAGGCCAUCUUUGAGAUUGGAUACUUUCGGAGGAAUCCAGCCCCGUUUUAUGCCCUGGCCCGCCAGCUCUUCCCACAAGACCUUAAGCCAACGCUGAGCCACUACUUCCUGAGGCUGCUUCAUGAGAAGGGCCUGCUGCUUCGGCUCUACACCCAGAACAUCGACUGCCUGGAACGUUUGGCAGGCAUCCCAGCGGAGGCCAUUGUGGAGGCACACGGCACUUUCCACAGCUCCCACUGCCUGUCAUGCAACCACGAGUACUCCCUCGACUGGCUGCGGGAGCGGAUAGCUGCGGAGCCUGUGCCCCUGUGCUUGGACUGCGGCUGUCCUGUUAAGCCAGAUAUUGUGUUUUUCGGCGAGAGGCUGCCGGACCGGUUCUUUGACCUAUCUGAAGAGGACUUCGCCAGGUGUGACCUGCUGCUCAUCGUGGGCACCUCCCUGCAGGUGCAGCCAUUUGCUGGACUGGUGGACAAGGUUCACAAUUCCAUUCCUCGGCUCCUGAUCAACUUGGAGAAAUGUGGCCAGGGCAACCUGGUCAGCAAAAUCCUGGGACUUGGGUGUGGCCUGGAAUUCGACUCGGAGGCCAACUUCCGAGACGUGGCACUCUUGGGCACAUGUGACAGUGGCUGUCAGGAGAUGGCUGACCGUCUGGGCUGGAAGGAUGACUUGUUACAGCUCAUUGAGAAGGUGGAAGCAGCCAAGGGAGAAGCAGUUGAAGCCAAGGCGAAUGCAGCCAAGGCUGAGCAGAAUGUGGCUGCAGUCCAGCCGGAAGUGGUCAAGCAGCAUGGAGAGGCGUCCAAGCAGUGAUGGGAUCCAGUGGUGGGCAACUGCGCCUGCUUUCACUUGCUUGUGGUGUGCAGAAAUAGUAACUGCUGAUUUCCUAUAAAGCUUGGUUCACUGUU